AGUUUGCCGUUUGCCCGUUACAUUUUGGCAGUGCUGUUGUUGUGAGAAAGAUUACGCGCGACUCCGGAAGAGACUUUGUCAAAUUGUGAUUUUGUGACUUAAACGGCUGCUGAAUUUCAUUUAGCUGUGCAACUGUAUGUUUAAGAAGACUGGAAAUCGGCUUCGUGUCUGUUAUUAGCUUGUUAUUUUCCGGCAGAGAACUAAAGAAAGUAUUCAUCUUCACUGGACACUUUCCGUCUAUCACCAUGUUUCCUCGAGCCAAAAUACAUCGAUUCAACGAAGUUAAAAGUGAUGUUCCUCCUCCAGGAACUUAUGAUCCCAAAUUUGAUGACAAGAAAUUUAAAGGGGUAGUCAUGGACAAAAUGACGCAUAGAUUUACUGAGCCCAAGCCUACAACAAAUGACGGUGUCCUGCAGCGUUCUGCAAGCUUGAAUGCCUUGCCUGUCUUCCGGACUCCUCAAAUGCCUAAGAAGUCAGUUAAGAAGUUGACACUAUCCACUACCAAGAAAAACCCUACACCUGGUGACAAAGUGAGAAGAAAUAUUGACAGUGAUUUCAGUAGCUCUGAAGACUUGACACCACUCAAAGACAAAUCUCAAUUAAUUUCUCUUGAAGAACAAUUGCAUGAAACUAACUGCAAAUUAUUAGACUCUGAAUCAAAAUGCAAACAAUUACAGAAUGACAUUUCAUCUGAUAAAGAAACCAUUGAGCGACUUGAACUGGAGAAAGCUGACUUGUCAAAGGAAGUUGAUCGUCUCAUUGAAGAGAUUGCUGAACAAAACUCUCGUCUUGCCAGUCUGUCUGAAUCAAUCCAUAUUUCAGAUGCUAAUCUUGCUGAGAGGAAAGCUGCUGUUUCUGAAUUGGAACAAUCCAAAACAGAACUGCUGCUUGAAAUGGAGAUUCUGAAAGACAGAGUAGAGCAAAACAAGUCUGAAAUGGAAAUGUCAGUCAGACGCUGCUUGGAGCUAGAAGGCUGUGUGGCUGAGGCCAAAGCUGAAAAUGAGAAGCUUGUACAGAUCCGCCUGUCUCUUUCUGAUGAGGUAGCAGAUCUAGGUGAACGUCUUAAUGAAGCUUCCAUGCAGAUCCAAGCAAGAGAAGAGCACUGUGAGACUUUGGAACAUGCUAAGCGUGAUUUACUCAUCCUAGUCGACGAAAAAUUACUCGCUCUUGACCAGCUUACUUCUGCAAUUGAUGAGUCUGCAAAGCACUCAGCACAACUUGAGGAAUUAUUAUCUGAAAGUAAAGCUCGUGUUUUUUCUCUAGAAGAAACAAAUUCUGCUCUUGAUCUUAAAGUUAUUGACUUAGAAGAGAAACUAUCUUCUGUCACUUCAGAGUUGGAGUCAUCACAGUCUAAGUGCCGAUCUCUUGAAGUUGAAAUUGAAAAGUGCAAAGAGAAGCUCCUUGACUCCCAAAACGCCAAAUCUGAUUUGAUGGCUCAAAUUUCGGAACUUGAAUGUAAUCUGGCAGCCCUGAAAGAGAGUCUUGCUGAAACAGCACAGUCUCUGACAGAUCAGAAAGCUCUUUGUCAAAGAGAGACUGAAGAGAAAGAGAAACUGCAGAAACAGGUUGAGGAGCUUGGUCUCCUCUCAGCUGACCUGAAUCAAAAACUACAGCAACGACAAGAGUUAAUUCUUGGUUUGCAAUCUGAUCUCUCUAACUCAAGCUGUGAACUGGAGGAACGCCGUGCUGAGGCUGAACGUCAGGCCAAAGAGUACAGAGCUGAAAUAGAGCAAAUCUGUUUAAAGCACAAUGAAGAUCUGUCUUUGGUUCAAAAAGAUUUGGAGAAAAACGUUGCUGAUUGUGAAGCCAGAGUAGCUCAGGCCCAGGCAGAGCAUGAAUAUGAAUUGGCAAAUCUGAGGGAUUUGGCUUACAAAUUGGAGCAGCAAGUCUUGGAUGAGAGGAAAACACAGAAAACAUUGCAGGAAGAGCUUGAUGUUGAACAGGACCAACAUCAGCGCCAGAUCCAGGCUCUCACUGAAAAUAUUCAGAACUCUACUUCUCAAAGAGACCAUCUGGAGACUGCUUUGGCUGAGUCUCAAGCGGAACUGCAGGCGAUGCAGGUUUCCUAUGACCACCUGGAUCAUGAAAUGGUAGAGCAGGUUCAGCAAUACAAGGGAAUGAUCUCUGAAGCCCAAUCUAAAUUACAUGCCGCUGAGGAGGCUCUUAAGGAGGAAAAGCUGAAAGCAAAACAAUACAUAGAAGAGGUGACACACAACAGUGAAAGACGUAUCUCAGAAAUUGAACAGAGAACACGCUUAGCACUGGAGGAGGCAGAGAUCAAGUUGGAAGCAGCAGAGGCUGCUUACACUCAAACCCUACAACAAGUUCGUGAUGAUACUCAAGCUCUGGUGAAGGCUACUCGUUCAGAUGCAUUGCAAGAACUGGAAAAAGUCAAAGCUGAAACUGAACAGAAAGUAAUGCAAGCCAAAGAAGAAGUUUCAACUUUAUCUUCUAAACUUGAAGAAGUGCAAGAGGAGUUGCGCCAAGUGUCAACUAUUAAGGAUGAUCUCAGAACUUCUAAUCUGGACAAAGAAAUGACUAUCGUGGAGCUUAAAGACAAAAUGAAUAUCAUGGAAACUCAAUUGGCACAAAGCCAGAGACAGCUUGAUGAAGCUCAGGAUGAAUUGGAAGCUGUAAAGAACGAGCUUGAAUUGAUGAAAAAAAUUAGGAGGAAUCUUGAAAUACUUGGCAACGAAACUCUAGCUAUUGUCAAUGCUGUCAGUAAACGACUGAUUGACAGUGAUGAAGAAGUUGAUCGUCUCUCUCAAAUGAAUUGUGCACUCGAGACUACCUUAAAUGAGCAGAAGGAAAGUCUGAUUGAGAUGGAGGAGGAAAAUGUUCGUGACAUUCAAGAAAUGAGAAACAACCUUCUCGAAAAAGUUGAAAUCUUCAAACAAAAGUGUGUUGAUGAAAAUACUCGCCUCUUGAGUGAAAUCAAAAUACUUCAGGAAAGUGUAGAGAUGUAUGCUAACCAACUGGAUGAAGCCAACAGAAAUAUUGAAAUUUUAGAAAAAGACAGAGAUGAGCAAGGUGUAAUCAUUGCUAGCCUUCAUCAAACUACUAAUGAACUGCAAGCUACUCAGGAUUUCCUAGCCAAUCAGGUAGAAGAUUAUUUAUCUGUCAAAAAAGCCCACCAACUAAUUCAGAAGGAACUUACUGAAUGCAAGGAUUCUCUUGAAAAGGCAAAGGCUGAUGCAGCUGAUGGGGAGAUGGAAAUCCAACACCGUGAAAAGCAAAUCAAUGAUCUCACCAAUCAGGUCGAUGAUUUGAAUGACAAAGUAAUGGAACUCCAGGGUGUUAUUCUUGAGUUGGAGACUGCUGGAGUUGAAUCAGAGCAAGAAGUUAUCAAGCUAGAAAGAAAGCUAGAACAGCAAAAGGACUCUGCCUUGAAAUGUGAUUGGCAGAUUGGUGAGCUCACUCGUGAAAAUGAGGAGUUACGUAUGCAGGUUGGAGAUCUAAAUAGAGGUUUAGAGGAGGAGAAAUCAUCUGCCAAGAAGGCUAUAGAUGAGCUUGUGUCAGCAAAAGCAGAGCUCCAAAGUCAAUUGGACUCUCUAAACACGGUUCUUGAGUGCCACAAAAUGAAUGUGUUUAAGGCAAGAGAAAGAAUUGAAACAUUGGUUAAUGUUGUUGCAAGGAAAGAAAGUGAAUUGGAAGAGAAGGCUUCAGAAAUGAAUGAGCUGAAGGAUGAGUUAAUGUCUAAAACAAAUCAGCUGUCUGAGUUGGCAGUAAUCAUAUCCGACAAAGAUCAAGCGCUCUUGUGUCUUCAUCGUGAGGCUGACAAUCUCAGAGAUACUGUACGGGCUAAAGAUGAGCAAAUUACCAAUAUUUUCAAUGACUUAGAUUUUGAAAAGGUUUUCCGUAAAGAAUGUGAACUAAAGAUAGCAGAAAUGCUGCAAGAAAAGCUGGGCAAUGAGGUAUUAAUAGAAGACAUGAAGGAGAAAGUUUUUGAGCUUGAAUCGACCAUAACUGAGAAAAAUAUUAGUAUCACUUCAUUGGAAGCAAAAGUUGAGGAGUCAUCUGAAAGAAUCAGUAUUCUGAAGGCUGAAGCAGAAGAUAGUCUGAAGCAAAUCACUGAAGCAGAAAAGACAAUUGUAAUCCUGGAAGCAGGCAGAAUUAAAACAGAAACCGAUUUGGAUUCUUUGAAUGUGAAAGUUGCUGAACAAUCUGAGAUUAUUGAAAAGCAAUCAGUAAAUAUUUCUGAAUUAGAUGCAGAGGUUCAAAACCAAUCAGAUUUGGCCAAGUUUUUGCAAACUAGAGUUGAAGAGAAUCGCAAGGAAGUAGAAAAACUGGAAGAAGAUAAAAUGGCUUUGCAAAGUGAAAUAAGCUCAUUAAAAAUGCAAAAUGAAAUGAUUCAAUGGGAAAAUGAAGAGUCAUUACAGAAAGCUAAAAAGGAAGUUGAGUCUCAAAAGGAAGAGAUACUUGCAUUAACUGAUCAAGUUAAAAAGAUAAGACUUGAUGUAGAGAAAGAGAAAACUGUAGGCCGCGAACGAGAAGAAGCUUUGACAGAAGAAAUAUCUUCCCUUAAAAUUUCUUUAGGAGCAAAAACUCAAGAAGUUGGUACUGUUCGAGGAAGAGUGCAGCACCUUGAAGCUGAAUUAGAGCAGACCACUCGCCGGAAGGAGACCUACAAAGCUGCAGUUGUUGAACUACAGCAAGCCAUCAAACAAAGCCGAUCUAAGAUGUCAAGCUUAGAAGAUGAUUUGAAAGCCACACAACAGAAGCUUACUAAUGAACGAGAAAGUCAUUCUAAGGAACUUGAAAAUCUGCGUGAAACUUCAGCAAAUGCAACUUCUUGGGAACAACGUUACUAUGAAUUGGAAGCUUUGGUUGGUCCAUUCCGUGAGCAGCUCGAAGCUUUUGAAUCUGACAGGCAGGCCCUAGCCAUUAGGAAAGAAGCUGCUGAAGGUGAAGUAAAAGAACUUUCACAGCGAUAUGCCCAGAUCCUUGGACACCAAAAUCACAAGCAAAAGAUUCAUCACGUUGUGAAAUUGAAAGAGCAGAUUCUAGACUUAAAAAAAGAAAACGACAAACUUGAGACUCAGACCCGUGCUCAGAAGCGUACCAUUGACAGGCUGAAAGAUGAACUCACACGCGCCACCGGUCAAUCACGCUUCAACCCGUCUAUGGCAUUCAAACAACAACCAGAUGACUCAUUUCAGAACCGCUUGUCCCUUGCACACUCUAAAUCAUUCUUGGAGAAUUCAGGUCUUUCAAAGAGCUUCCGUGUACCCAUGCAUCAGUCAACUGUGAAAAAGGGUAAAGAAAACAUGUCCACUUUUGAGUCAUCAACUCCUCUCUCUGCUCGCACUACGUCUAAGGUAAAGGAGGAGCUACUUAGCCCAGCACGUCACAGUCCUGCACGUAACAGUCCUGUGGGAAGCCCUGCAACUCCUUUGAAGGAGGUCCAAAACCAACAGUCAGUCAAUUAGAGUAACACAAACCAAAGUAUUUUUUAAAAAAUGAUCUCUGAAACCACAUUUUUUUCUUCAGUUUAUCAUGUACAUCUUAGAUAAUUAUCUUUUGCAUGGUUACUUUUUCUUUAAAGUUAUUUCUUGAAAUGGGAGAUUAAUCUCAUUGAUUUGCUGUUUGCUUGAAGGUGAUUGAUUCAAUUCACAUCAUAAUCUAUCUAUUUAAUUUGGUACUAAAAUUAUGUUUUAGCUGCUGUCAUAAUUAUGUAGUGAGUGUUUUACCCCAGGUAGUUAGUUAAGAUGUUAUUUUGUUAUAUAGUGUGUGUUGCUGUAUUUUAAUAUUUAGCUCUAUGUAUUUUGAUUCUGAUCCAGUCAGAAACAUGCCACACCUCAGUUCCUUUUCAUGACUUAUGCCAACUUGGGCAGAAAGACCUAGUUUUACUUUUUGCUUGAUGUGUGUGCAGUGUUUUAUUAUUAUUGUCUAGUAUAGAAGCCAGUAGGUGAACAGACUGAUGUGUAUGGCAUAUCAACUGGGAAGGAUGAAAAGCUCAUGUUGAAUAUUUUCUUUUACUUUUUUGUUCGUUAAUGAGUGUGACCUUACACUUUUUUAGUUUUCUGUACUUGUACAGAUCAAAUAGUCAUGUAAUAUAUUAGGUUUAGACAUAUUGUAAAUAUCUUUUACAUGUCACAGUGCAUUCAAAGUGCACUGCAACCACUCCUCAACACUGCCAUGUGUGCCUUUAUUCUUGAUUUUUCAGAAUACAUCGGCCAUUUUCAAUGUUCAAAUUUUAAAACUUGUAAUGUACAAAGGUAGCAAGGCUUUGUAAAUUCAAAGCUGUGUGUAAUUCUUUUAUAUUAAAUGAUUAAAAAUUAUUUUUCUUUGA